AUGUCGGAACACAUGUCAAUGUCAGAUGCUCCGGAGGCCCUGUCACUGCUGCCUGAGGAGACGAUCGCAGGCAGCAAAUACUCAGUGGAGCAAGAAUGGCAAUUGGGCCCAGUGGUUACAUCAGAAACCACAGAGAAGACUUGCCACGCUUUGAAAGACUUGGUGGGCAAGGUUCUUGCAAAAUUCGGUGGUCCUGAAGCCUAUCUUCGUGCAAGGCUUUCAGACCAGAAAUCCAAGCAGGAUUGGCUGAAUUGGUUGGGGGAAAUUCAGCCUGAGAGCACUCGAAAUUUCUCGACCAGCGUUGACCUGCCACCGUCUGACUUGAACUGUUUGCAGGAGGGUGAAACACUUUACCUUCCAUUGGGCGCCUUUAGCAUCAGCACUCAUUCUACCAUGCGUGGCCCUGCUGAGAAUGAUGUGGUCAGACUCUUGAUCGAUGAGAUUCUCACUGACGGUUUUGUAACAAGUGGAGAGCCACUCUUGGUAACACAAAGUGCGGACUUGUUGUCUGAAAUUCAGGACCCGCUGAAGGCGACUUGGCAUUCCAAAGGCCUUGCAUCACUGCAGCCUAUGACCAUUGGCUACUUCAAAGGACGCACGCGCGUGUUCUGCCUAUUGACUUUGCUCAGCUUGAUCCGAGACAACUUCUCACGAGGUUUGUCAGAGGUUCAUCCUAAGCUCCAUCAAACCAUUCAAGUGAUCUUUGCGCAGCGUGUGAAGCUACCUUCGAAGAAGGAAGAGCUGUUGGGGAACUUUAAGCUCUCUGUGAGAGGGAGUAUCAGGAAGGGGCCGAAUGUAAUGACUUGGAUCACAUCAGUGCUGCAGCUCGAAAACUACGAUUCCACCUUGGAUGUCGCGCAAUUUGUGCGUGAUCACAAUUCACAGGCAUCUGGUGCAGGAAGGCUUGUGGGCGCAAAGGCCCAGGCAGUCAAAAACAUCCUGGGUCAGGUGCCAAAGGAUGUGCAGCGAUUGCUGUCAGACUUCACCAGGGAAGUUGGCUAUGAAGCUGCACCUUGGGCCGAUGACUGCUUGGGCUCAAAGCGCUGGUUGCCCGGACAUAUGUUCAAAUCCAGUGGCGGGGGCAAUGCAGCCAGCCAAGCCCGCGGGAAGGUCACAGCUGAGAGCUUGGAACUCUUUGUACUGGCCGUGAUCCAGCAGUCCAGGAUGUAUUCCAAGGGCGGGAUAUCAAAGGUCAAGCUUGACCGAGUCAACUGGGAUCGGAUGGCAGAGGAGGCGGCCCUGGUGUCAGCACUGGCUACAGAGGUUCAGAAUGUGCUUCCCAUUGAGCGGGAUACUUUGUGGGCCAGUUGGCAGCAGCGUUACAUUGACGGAGACCAGGCUGUGCUGGUAGAGGUGCAGAGUUGCAUCAUGAACAACAAGUCAGGCAACCUCCGCGACAUCAGCACAUUGAAUCAGCUACUCCAACAGCAUGCGGCCAGUUGUCCUGUCCCAGCUGCCGCAACAGUCAGCAUGCAACAGCUUGAGCGGGAUUCCUUCGAUUUGGUGAUGCGUCAGCUUCAGUAUGACUUGCAGGUGCUGCGAGUCACUCGGCAGAAGAGAGCAAGCUGGGCUGCCAAUGUGUAUCAUGUCAAACUCUCCCAUACGAUGGCACGCCAUGGUGAAUCCGUGAAAGCAGCCACUUGGUUCAUGUCCAACUAUGUAAAGUUGGUUGUCUCUGAGAAGUCUGACGAAAUGCUCCGGGAGUUUCAGAUGCAUCGACAGCAGGUCAUCCAGCGACUGCGGCUGGAUCAGGACAGCUGUGCCAACUUUGUGUUUGUCAAUUGGCUUGCGCCACGCACAUUGAAGAAUAUGGUACAGACUUCUCAGACACAGUUUGCCUCACACUGCAUUCUCAGCUCGGAAAAGAACUUUGGCGCAGCCCUCAUGCCAAUCUUCACCUACAAGCGGGGGCAGCUAUGGAUGUUGGAAAGUGCCACCAUCCGGAGCUUGGCAAUGACAGGUCUGAAUGUCGACUCUUCCUGGCAUCUAUCCUUCUCCAAGAAGGCGGACUUGCGUGAUGGAAGACCAUGCAACUAUCCAGGAAGAUUGCUUCUUCACCCAACUUCCAAGGACAAAACUUGGAUCAACACGGCCUUGGUAAAGAAUGGACGCACUGCGGAUGCAGAGAUGCCCCACUCGCGGGACAUGUUAACGGUCGAAGACAUUUCAGAUGAUGCUCUUCCUGCCACAGUUGAUGAUGACCAAUCGACGGUCCAGGGAGCCCAGAAGUAUCAGCAGGUUUGUGACAGUGUUGGAAUUGAUUGCAAUGUAGAUACCCUGACCCUGCAGUAUGGUGCCAAUGCAGCCGCAAAGAUUCUGGACAGUGUCCUCGAUGGGCUCAGUCUUGAUAGCAGCGGAGCUUUGUUUGUGAUCGAUGCCAACGCAGGUGUUGGGAACCUCUUCGAUGCCUUUGUCCAGAAACGUGCCACGGUCAACUUCAAUAUGCACUAUGUAGCUGUGGUUUCAGAUCAGAUCCAGUGUGACUGGUUCCAUGAGACAAAGGUGCAGUGGCUGGCUGCUGAGCACCAGAAGAAUUCCAUCACGAUCCCUGGCCAUCAACCUGCAAGCAGUGAGUGCCCUGCAGAUUUGCUCGAGAAGGAACCGGAGCUGCCAAAGCUCAACCUGAUGAAGAGCCGGAAGGAUUUAUACCCGGAGAUUCCGGAUACCCUGGUGCGGACCUGGGCCCACACAGAGUUCGCAGAGGACAUCCAGAAGCUUCAGGACCAAAUCCAUGAGGAGUUUGGUGAGGACGCGAAACUCAUGGAAGAGAAGCUUCUCGAGUGCCCUAUGCUCAACAAAGCUGGCCAGCUCCAGAUUCUCAUCAAGACCGGCAACAGGCCCUACCUGGUCAACAAGAGCGAUGCCUCGCAGAGCUUGCCGGCAGGAACAGUGAUCGCGGCCUUCGGAAAGGGUCGCUUCAAGCGGGUGAUGCCCAAUGCUCCAGCUGAGGGAGAUGAUGCCCGGAAGGAGAUCAAGUACCACUUGGAAAGGCCAGAGCAGUUGUUGCUUCACAAUGGCACCUUGUGUGCCUUGAGUGAGGUCGUGGAAGCCAAGCGCAAGUCAGGGCAGCCUGGCACAAAGUUGGCCUACCAUGAGAUGGUGGAUGAUCCUCAGCCCUCCCAGCCAGGGUCCUUUACCCUGAAGCAGACGCACGAUGUUCGAUUUGUGCCCCAACCUGCCGCAGAGGUCAAGACUGAGACUGAGGGUGGUCAUUGCACUGACAUCAUCUUUUCAGUGAAGUGGGCAGCAGUUGGCUUGAGUCCCAUUCGGCCACUGACCAAGGACCUUGAGCUCCCAGCCGGUCGUGUGGUGGCCCUAUUUUGA